UUUAAACUUAUUUAUAUUUCAAGAAAAUUCAAUUUGAACGCAAAAUUAUAAAGUUUUUCAGCGGAGUGAAGAAAAACUUGAAUGAUCCACGAGCCCUGUUCUCCCAUGCUGGGGUUUGACAUUUCCUUUACAAGGCAGCAUUGUUUACAUUCUUCUUGGACUAAUAUUUAUGUACUUUUGCAGGCUUGAAAUUUACCGAUUUGUGAAGAUAAAUGCUGCUCAGCAAUAAAAGAACAAUGAAGGCUUAAUUCAAGAAGCAAUUAGGUACUGUACAGCUGCUACAAAUAGACCGUGAAAGACCUGCACGGAUGAUUCACACCAUUUGUUUACAUCAUGCAACGGGGCGCGCUGUUCCACGAUAAGAAACGAGAGUGAAAGUGCUAGCCAACGAUAAGAACGUUGCCCUGAACGAUGGAAAGCGACGAUAAAAGUGAGAUCAAAAUCAAGGAAAAGCUCAAUCUGCACGUCAAGAAACGGUUGCAGGAAACGGGCAAAGAGGCACCGUAUGAAAAGCACGAUUCGAAGGAUAAGGGCAGCACUUCUUCCGCAGCAACAAACGCCUCCAGUGCUCCACGUCCCAAGAGACAGAAAACAAAAAAUGGUUCUAAACACACGGCGAAUGUUCCGACGGCGGGAAUCGCUGCCGCUAAUCCGCCGGUACGACCGAGUGAUCUGCUGCUUUCGCCUGGUGCAGCAAACAGUAACGAUACCACGAACAGUAGCAUCAAUUCCACCGACCAGGACGGUGAGUUGAAUGACCGGGAUACGUGUGAUAGGGGUGAUAGACCGGCCAAGCCCAACCAGCGGAUGGACAUAUUUGCGAUGAUAUUGAACCAGAAGAAGAGCUCGUUGAUGUGUGAUCCGGAGGUGAUUCAGUUUAUGAAAACGCUUACCGAAAGCAAGAAAUGACGAUUGAAUCGCAUGAUAUCGCAUUGUGUUCAGGUUGCUUAUGUGGCCAUCGCUUUUAUCUGGAAGGAAUGCAGCAGGAAAGACCCUCUAAUGUAGUGGAAAGGAUGUAAAUAAAGCAUUAUUUUACUUUAUUGCUCAACGUCAA